ACUCUUAUUUUUAAACUUGACAGUGUAAAUAUAUGAAAAAUAAAACAGUUCUUAAAAGUUUACCAUGCAAUAAGAAGAUGAAAUAUUAUUCAUGACCUACGAAGGAUUUUAGAGUUUUUUUGAUUAGAAUAGCAGGAUACCUAAAGCCAUAUUUAGUUCUGAUUCAUCCUUAGUAAAUAAAAAAGGCUCAGAGGACUUGUAAAUGUUAUAUUAAUGAUGAUUUAGAAGGUGUUUAUGUGGCUAUACAUGUAUUAUCUGUAAAUGCAUGUGCAUGUGCGCGAGUGCAUGUGUCUCUGUAAUGGUUGGAAAAUUAUUCAGUAUAUAGAGUAAAAUUCUUUCUACAAGUUAAUAAUGUUAAAUAUUAGCAAUUUCUUAGGAUUUGAUAUGACAUAAAUCAUAGCUUCUGACCAUCCAGAGUGUUAUCAUUAUUAAAUAAAUGUAUUUUUCUAUUUACUUAGCCUUCAUGCUUUUGUUUGCCUAAUAUCCUUUGAAACCCAACCUUAUGUAUUAUACAAUCCUAUUAUUACAAUUGCUAUUAUAUUACUUCCUGGAAACAUACUUUUCUAAACUAAUUCAUGUGAUUAAUGUCUCAGAUUAUUCAGUGGUGUUGCACUGGUAUAAAAUCUUACUGGGAAUAUCUGGAACCCUGAAUGGUAUUCUGGCUUUGGCUUUGAUCUCCCUGAUCCUAUUGGUUUUUCAGGGAGUAUUGCUAAAAUGCCAAAAAGGAAGUCAUUCAAAUACCACCGAGCAUGAAGAUAUUGGAGACCUAAAAAUGAAUAACGGCACAAGAAGAAAUACAAGUAAUAAGGACCUUUGUGUUUCGAGAUCUGCAGACCAGACAGUACUAUGCCAAUCAGAAUGGCUCAAAUACCGAGGGAAGUGUUAUUGGUUCUCUAAUGAGAUGAAAAGUUGGAGUGACAGUUAUGUGUAUUGUUUGGAAAGAAAAUCUCAUCUACUAAUCAUACAGGACGAACUUGAAAUGGCUUUUAUACAGAAAAACCUAAGACAAUCAAACUACGUAUGGAUGGGGCUUAACUUUACCUCCUUGAAAAUGACAUGGACUUGGGUGGAUGGUUCUCCACUAGAUCCAAAGAUAUUCUUCAUAAAGGGACCAGCUAAAGAAAACAGCUGCGCUGCCAUUAAGGAAAGCAAAAUUUACUCUGAAACCUGCAGUAGUGUUUUCAAAUGGAUUUGUCAGUAUUAGAGUUUGACAAAAUUCACAGUGAAAUAAUCAGUGAUCACUCUAUUUGGCCAAUUAGUUGCUAAUAUUAAUCUCCAGGUGUAAGAUUUUAAAGUGCAAUUAAAUGCCAAAAUCUCUCUUUUCCCUCCGUCAUCGACACUGGUCUAGCCUCAGAGCAACCCGUUAACAGACUAAAAUAUACCCUUCAAAAUUUGUACCUGAUAGUAUAAACCAAGGUGACUUCAUGUGAUCAUAUCCAGGAUUUUUAUUAAUUGUUUAUUUUAUGCCAAAUGUGAUCAAAUUAUGCCUGCUUUUCUGUAUCUUGUGUUUUAAAUUCUUAAUAAUGUCCUAAGCAAAAUUUCUUAUUUCUAAGUGUUGAAAUAUAAUAUGGAUUUAUACAUUUUUUACCCUUUUAUCAAAGAGAAUUAACUUUGUUUCCAGGCUUCUGAUACUCUGCACUCAGCUACAAUAAACAUCCUGAAUGUUUUCUUAAA